UCCUUCUUCAUUCAUAGAAGCACAGCUUGUAGUUCAGCUUUACUUCUGCUUUACCCUACACACAACACAACAAACCAUGGAUGAUCUGGUUAGCAGCUCAUCUUUGAAGAGUGUCCUCAGCUGCAGUGAAGCGGAGGCUCAGCCGGAGGAGAGUUCCUGGACCGAUUACUUUGUGGAUUUCAUGAUGUCCGAGGAGGAGGAGAAGAGGCAAGGAGCCUCAUAUUGCACUUUUGAUCAGGAUGAUGAGGAGGAGGGCUCUAUGAUCUCCGAUGCCGCCUCCCUCGCUCCGGCGGCGUUGGCAGAUAGGUACAAGGGGCUCAAGAAGCUCAAGAAGAAAGUCUUCAAGGCUCUGGAUCAUGAUGAUUCAUUGGAGGAUACUGCAAGUUCUCCUGUCAAUAGCCCUAAGGUCAGUGCUUUGUCACAGCUGGAAUUCAGCCCUAAAAUAAGGUGCAAUGUUACGGACCUCGCCAAGGGGGCUGGGAUUGGCAACUAUUACGGGAGAGACGGAAUAGACUGUGAAGAUGCAGAUGCGGUGAUGGAAGGAGUGAGAUUUCUGGAUCAAAGCCAGAGGGGUAUAACUCCAUGUGCAGAGCUCAAGGACAAGGGGCUUUGUUUGGUUCCGUUGUCCAUGUUGCUCAACUACCAGGGCUAACUUUGAGACUUAUAAGGCCCUGUGUUUGGAACGCACUAUUUGUUUUUUCCGAAUCUUGUCGGAAUUGGAUUGCUUCCUGAAAUUCCUCCAAAAUUUCCGUGAAAUUCCUGCGUUCCAAACAUGAAGUUGAACAUGUGUGUGGUUUACACUGUACAGAUAUCUGUGGGAUAAUUGACCAAAACAUACAGUGUGCUGAUGGUAAUGUGGAUACUUUACUUCGUGAAAUAUAUGUGGAUAUUAUUACAACUGUA